AUGUCGUUUCUUACAGAAUUAAAAGAGAUCUUGGAAUCAGUGCCAUUAGAGAAAACAGUAAAGACGUUUAAUUAUUCUUCUGGUCGCUACACCAGUAUUUAUGCAGAGUUGACCAGGAUUGGAUUUGAUAGAAUUCAUAGCAUGUCUGAUACCAUGAAUGAAAUAGUGUUUGUAACUCGUGAUAAGGGUGAGCGUGAGCACUUAUUAAGAGUGUCGCUUUCGAACGAAUACCCGUUUGUUCCAGCGCAGAUAAGCAGUGAUCUGCCCAAAGAGAUGACGCCUAAACCAUAUUUGUAUCAGGUUUUAGAAGAACAUGAAAGUAUUAUAAACAAAUACCAGCCUCUUUUUGAUAGUCUAGAUGAUCUAGACAAACACAUGCGAAUCAUCGAACCGGAACACCCCAAAAGAAAUGAUCUGUGGAGACGCAUCGCAUUAGGCCACCACUGUUCCUUUCAUAUCCAAUUAGAUCCCGAUUAUCAAAAUACGAAGCCUGGCCUCAUUCGUUUUUUUGGUAGUUCGAACCGUGUGCAAGAUUUAAAAGCAAAAUGGAAAUCAUAUGCAUGGAAUAAACAAGAAAGUCUCUCUGUGAACUUAUUAAAUUCGUUUCAAAUUGAAUCAUCCAAUACAAAUAAUGACUAUACAAACACAAGUGAUAUUGAAUGCGGUAUUUGUUACUCCUACAAAUUGGACAGUGGUGAUUUGCCUCAAAUCAUUUUGGUUACGAUCGAACCCGACUACAACACAAAGCUUUAA